GGCGUGGUGUGAAAUGCCGAACCGUAAAGGAGCGCGCAACGCCUAUUAUUUCUUCGUGCUGGAGAAGCUGCCGGAACUGAAACAGCAGGGCCUGGCUGUGACCGGGGUGGCUGACGCCGUCCCGCAUUGCUCCUAUGCCUGGGCGAUACUUAAUGAAGAACAAAAAGAAAAGUAUGCAGAAAUGGCUCGUAAGUGGAAAGCUAAGAAGUCAGAAGUACCAGCAAAAAAGCCACCUAGCCAAGUCUCGCUACCAUUUCCUACUCAAACUCAGAAUAAGAUUCCUGUUACAAGCCCACUUAAGUGUGAACAAGUUGUGCUUGAAACUUCAUUCUACUUUCUGAAUAUCUUCAGUCACGGAAUGUUGCCCCUUCACUGCAGUCAGCGUUUCCUCCCUUGUGAAAUUGGGUGUAUCAAAUACUCACUUAAGGAUGGCAUAAUUGCAGAGUUUCAUCAUUUUAUAAAUCCUGGAGAAAUACCACGGGGCUUUCGGUUUCAUUGCCAGGCUGCAGGUGAUGCUACUCAUAGAAUUCCCAUAUCUGGAUUUGACAUUACAACUGCAAGUUAUUCAGUUGUGUUGCAUGAACUGUACACAUUCAUCCAGCCACACAGGGACAACUGGCCACCUGUAUAUUGUAAGUCUGAUGAUCGCUUCAGAGUUAACUGGUGCCUUAAAUAUAUGUCUAAAGAAACAGGCAUAGUCAAUCAUCUAGAGCUUUUAAGUGUGGAGGAUCUUGUUGUGGAGCUGUAUUAUCAGAAACUUCAAAAAGAGCCUUCUAAGACUUGGGUGUGUAAUACACUGGAUGCCUCCAUGUGGGAUUACUCAGGCAGUACUAGGUGUCAAUGGCAUGAAGAAAAUGAUAUUGUAUUCUGUGCUCUUGCUACGUGCAAGAAAAUUGCAUACUGCAUCAGCAAUUCUCUAGCAAAUAUGUAUGAAAUCAAGCUAACUGCAUCUCAUUUACCACUACCUGAAAAGAACUGCCAGAACACAACAAACCCUAAGAUGAUAGUAUUAGAUGCUGGACGCUUCCAGAAAGGAAGGGUUGAGAGCACUGGAAGUGAUAGUUAUUUCAGAUCUCUUAAUAAGGAUCACAGUGCCAUACCUUGUAGUGGUAUAACUCCUUCAGGCGUGAAAACGAUGCAUGAACCCAUCCCUAGAUACGGAAGAGGAAUUGUACGGUUUCUGGAAAGCACAUCCAAGCAGUCCAACAGUUAGAAGCAUUCAGUGCUUUCUAUACAUAUGAUGAUUCCAGUUAUCACUGCAAAUAUAAACAUAUUACAUUUCGUUUAUCUGCUCUAUUUAUCUAUGUGUUAUCUUUUUGUGAAAGAAAAUCAUUUAGGAAAAUUUUGUUCUUAAGGUAACAUGGUUUAGUUACUAUAUGGCAGGCUGUGAUGAAUAUUUCUCUGUUUGGGAUGUUUAAUGAAAAUUAGAGGAGACUGAAUAAAGUGAAAUCAGUAAGACUGAUUUCUCAGGCUGUGGUUGGACUGCUAAAGCCUAUAGUUCAUUGUUCAUAGAACAAAGGUUAGCCACCUUUGUUGCUUUCCCACUGAAGUUAAUUUUGCUUUGUACAUAGCAUAAGAAAUCUUCAGUAGUAGUUAGGAUAAUGUAAUAACUAAAAGCUAAUGAUAAGUAAAAUUAGUUUUUUUAAAAAACUCUAGCUGCUGUUCUGCAAGUGCCAUAACAAGGUAAUUAA